AUGGCACGUAGCUUACGAUCCGCAAGGGUCUACCAGACAGCGAAGACCGCCUUGGCGAUUCGCAAUGUCGACAGCCAGAAGAUGGUGCCUCCAGUAUGGCUGAAGGUUAUCGAGUCAAUACCACCGUCUGAGAUCCUCACACGCCCAUAUCCAGAGCAACACCAACCUCCGAACCCAAAGUUGCGACGGCCGAAGCACCUAUUCAAGCCUCAACAGAUCACAUACGAAGAGGACGAGCUACGGCGGACAUUCUUCCGGGAUCAUCCAUGGGAGCUGGCGCGACCGCGAGUCGUUGUCGAGAUGGACGGUAUGGAUGGGAGGCGGCUUGACUGGAGCAAAGGACUGAGGCAACCCGGUGUGCCCCUGAGUGGAGAAUGCGUUGUUCAACGACAGCUCUGGAUGAUGCACAAUGUGCCCAACAUCUCCAAGGAGCAAGCCUACGACGAGGCACGGCGAGAAUUCUACCUCCUCAGACAAGAAGAGGAAAUCGAGAGAAGGGUAGCCGUAGAGGAAGCCCGCAUGGUUGGAGCUUACUUCGGCAAGUCAAGAUUACAAGUGGGAAUGGAUCUCGAGGACGAGCAGUUCGAGAAGUGGAAGAAAUGGGCUUCGGCUGAGACAAUGAAGAUCGAGUCUCAGCGUAGCCAAAUGUACACCUCAUUCGGAGAUGAGGGAUCCCCAGAGGCCGAGACUGCUGACCCUGUGGUUGAAGGGCAGACUAAUAGUCUCUAG